AUGUCUUCUCCAGCCCCAGACGCGGCUACACCUCAUGAGGUUGAUGAGGAUGCUCCAGGUCCUCCCAUUUCCGUUCCCGACAGUGGCGAAGGCGAAGGCGGGAAGCUCAAGAUGAUCGUCCAGCUGGUCAAGAAGUCGCUCGGUGUCAAAGACAUUGCUGCCAUGCGGCUCUCAUUACCCGCAUCACUGCUUGAACCAGUUCCAAAUCUUGAAUACUGGCACUAUCUCGACAGACCAGACAUGUUCGUAGCUGUCAACGACUCCGAUGACCCCUUUGAGCGAAUACUCGCUAUCCUCCGUUUCACCUUCACCAAGGAUCUCAAAUUUGUUCACGGCAAAGUCUGCAAACCUUACAAUUCAGUCCUUGGCGAGCAUUUCCGUGCCCAUUGGGACGUCAUCCCUGCCAAGUCCCCGCUUGAAGGCUCUGCCACCCCUUCGCCGACGCUUUUGGCUGAUACUGCUAGUGUCAAGAGCGCCCGCAGUUCCCGUAGUGGUAUCAGUGCAUUUUCCAAGACAGGAAAAUCACCAUCGACUGCUGCCACCUCUUUGGAUGUUCCCAAUGCCGAGAUCUCCCAACUCAACCUAGCGCCAUCGCAAGACACUGUUCGCGUUAUCUACAUUACUGAACAAGUUUCCCAUCAUCCUCCCGUAUCCGCAUAUUACGCCUCUUGUCCAGACCGCUUCGUCGAACUCUACGGCAUUGACCAAAUUUCUGCCAGAGUUUCUGGGACCACUCUCCGUGUCUCGCCUGGCCAUUACAAUAAGGGUCUUCACAUCAACAUUACGGGCGGUCCCGGCGCAGGUGAACAAUAUAACAUCAACCAUCCUAUUGCCUCGGUCAACGGCUUGCUACGAGGCAGUUUCUAUGUCACUGUCGCUGAUUCGACAAUCAUUUCGUGUGUUGGUGGCAACCAACGGUUCCGCGCUAUCAUUGAAUACAAAGAAGAGUCAUGGCUUGGACGGGCGCACUUCCUGCUUGAAGGUGUCAUCCAUACUGUGGUGGAAGGCGAUACGCAACAUAACGAGUGGACCAAAGUAAAGCACGUGCCGUUACCCCGCGUUGUUGCUGUCUUCGAUGGGUCAUGGCGAGGGCGUAUUCGCUGGCGGCGCGUUGGUGUUGGGUCCUAUCCGGACACGACUCCCUCUUCGUAUUCUUCUCCCUCCCCAUCACAUGUCUCCCUUGCCGUUCCCGUUAUCCCGUCCGCAGCUUCAUCACGCAUGGAUGUCUCUGCGGCCAAGGAGGAGGAAUGGGCGGAAUUAAUUGACUUGUCUCAAGUGCACGUGAUCCCAAAGACGGUCCGCCCAUUGGAGAAACAACUGCCGCACGAGAGUCGCAAGCUUUGGGAAAGUGUUACCAGUCGGCUGCUUAAGAAGGAGUUUUCUGAUGCGACGAAGGAGAAGGUUGCUAUUGAGCAAAAGCAACGGGAUGAGGCUGCUGAACGCAAGAGGAAAGGUCAAAGCUUCAUUCCGCGUUACUUCGAUCCGGACAUGGACAAGGGCUAUUCGACGCUGACGGAUGCCGGCCGAUUGGCUGUUGAGGAGGAGAUCAAUGAGCCCACACAUUAUCACGACAAUCUGGAAGACGCUGUCAAAGAUACUCCGUAG